AAACUCAAUAGAAAAUGGUUAAUUUCAUUGAGCCAAGUCUUGAAGAAACAAGGCUACUCGAUAAGUCACAAACACUAAUUGAAAAAAUACAUAAACACAUUGGCAAAAAAAAAAAGUUUUUUUCACUAGAGUUUUUUCCACCUCGUACACCUAAUGGAGCAGUGAACUUAGUAGCUAGAUUUGAUAGAAUGAGUCAAGGUGGACCUUUAUUUUGUGAUAUAACCUGGCACCCAGCUGGAGAUCCAUCUGGUGAUAAGGAAACAAGUUCUUGCACUAUUGCAAGUACUGCUUCAAAUUAUUGUGGUAUCGAAACUAUGCUGCAUAUGACAUGUGCAAACAUAUCAUGCGAUUUAGUUCUAAAAAACCUUAAAAAAGCAAAAAAUCUUGGUAUACGCAAUAUUCUUGCCCUACGUGGAGAUCCACCUAAGGGAGAAGUAUGGAUGGCUUCAGAUGAAAAUUUGAGAUUUGGAGCCGACAUGGUUAAAUUUAUUAGAAAGCAUUUUCAGAAUUAUUUUACUAUUUGUGUUGCAGGUUAUCCACAGGGUCAUCCUGAUUGUACUUCAUAUGAAGAUGAUCUUAUUCAUUUAAAGGAAAAAGUGGAUGCAGGUGCAGACUUUAUUAUAACACAAUUGUUUUUUGAACCAAACAUAUUUUUCAAGUUCUUAGCUGAUUGUAGAAGAAUAGGUAUUGAUGUUCCUAUUAUACCUGGCGUAAUGCCCAUACAAGCCUAUGCAUCGUUGCUUCAGUUAGUAAAACUUUCAAAGCUUGAAGUACCGCAAUAUAUAAUUGAUGAUUUAGAACCAAUUAAAAAUGAUGAUGAGGCCAUUCGAGAAUAUGGUGUUAAGUUAGCAGUAAGUAUGUGUCGUGAGCUUUUAAGUUCUGAUGAUGUACCUGGAAUUCAUGUCUAUACUUUAAAUAGAGAAGUUGCUACUACAGAACUUUUACAACAGCUGGGACUAUGGAGACCUUACCAAAGUCACAGGCUGUUGCCAUGGAAACCAUCAGCAAAUUUAAAGCGGUUACAAGAAGAUGUUCGUCCAAUAUUCUGGUCCUCGCGUCCAAAAAGUUAUAUUCAUAGAACAUCAAAUUGGGAUGAAUUUCCUAAUGGAAGAUGGGGCAAUUCUUCUGCUCCAUCAUUUGCAGAGCUUUCUGAUCACCAUUUAUUUUAUUUAAAAAGCAAAGAGAGUGAGGAGGAAAGAUUAAAGAUGUGGGGGGAGAAAUUGGAUUGUAUUGAGGAUGUUUAUCAUGUUUUCCAAUGCUACUUGAGUGGGAAAAAAAAUAAAUGGGGAUACAAGGUGAAAUCACUUCCUCUAAAUGAUGAUGAAUUGCAGCCAGAAACUUCUUUACUUUCUGAUCAACUUUAUCGGAUCAAUGGUCAUGGAUUUCUAACAACAAACAGUCAGCCUGCUGUAAAUGCUGCACUAUCAACAGAUGAGAGAUUUGGAUGGGGUGGAGCUGGUGGUUAUAUUUACCAAAAAGCCUAUUUAGAGUUUUUUAUGCAUAAAAAGAAUGUGGACUUUCUUUUGGAAGUUUUAAAUGACAACCCACGUGUGAACUACCACAUUAUAGAUUCACAUGGCUGUUAUGAUAAAACAAAUGCAGACAGGUACUCUCCCAUUGCAGUCACAUGGGGUGUUUUUCCUGGAAAAGAAAUAAUACAGCCUACUGUUGUUGAUCCAAUAAGUUUUAAUUUUUGGAAGGAUGAAGCAUUUUCUUUGUGGAUUGAAAAAUGGCAGUCAUUAUACGAACCAGAAUCAUUUUCUGCAAAAAUUAUACAAAGUAUUUACAAUGAUUUUUAUCUUGUGAACCUUGUUGACAAUGAUUACAUCAAAGGUAAUUGUUUGUUUGACAUCAUUGAUUGUGUAAUUGCAAAAAGUUCGCUCGAAUAAGACGAAAAACACGAGUCUUUACAAAAGUUCGCUCGAAUAAGACGAAAACGAGUUUUUACAAAAGAGUUGUUCGAAUGAAACUAUUAUUACAAAAGUUUCAAUGAGAUGAACAAAACUCACGUGAUUAAAUCAAAAAUGGAAUAAAAAUCACGGUCUUAUGGAUUCCAUUGAAAAUUGGGACACUUUAUGUUAUAUUUAUUAAGGUACAUUUUCUAAUAAACGUAAUUGUAUAGAAAAUGGUUCCAUGAUACAUGGCAAGUCAUCUUUU